AUGUCGGACCAGCAAAAAUUUAGAAUUGAAAAAGACACUUUCGGUGAAAUUGAAGUGCCCGCGGACCGUUACUGGGGUGCUCAAACACAGAGGCACGUUAUAAUUGCCCUAUCAUUGAUAAUUGACAAUUCAAAAUCAAAACGUAUGCCUGAUCCCUUAAUAAAGGCUUUUGGAGUAUUGAAAAAAGCUGCAGCUACAGUUAAUAUGAUCUAUG